GAGGAGCAGUUGCAGAUUGGAUCCUGACUUCUUACCUUGGGUCAGUGCUCUGCACCAGGAUUCUGUCUAAACACGAAACUUGUCUGAAUCCGGACUGAGAUGUUUGCGGGGAUCCCUUUCCUCGAUUGUCGUAUUUCCCACGGACACUGGAAGGCAUCAGCAGCCCGGUGUUGGGAAAACGGGGAGCGGAGAUGGAGAUGGAGGUGGGAGGGGCUUGGCAUGGCUGACGUCAGCGGCUGUGUGGAGGAGUAUAGGCUGUGCUGUCAGCCCAGUGUCAGUCUGAUGAAGAUUGGCAUGCAGGUUUUGUGAGGAGUGUGGAUACCAGACCUUGGAGCAGAGAACAACACUUAAAGCUGCUGGGUUGCCGUGGGCAAGCUAAUUUCUCCAUGUGAAGCUGUCCCAUGAUGCAACAUGCGUCCUCAGCACCUGCAGUGACAAUGAUGGCCACCCAGAGUGUUCCUCCACCAUCGUACCAGGAGAGCCAACAGAUGACGGGCACUACUCAGCAAUCCACCAAGACCCCUCAGGUCCACAUCCCAGCAGCCUCUGCAGCAGGAAAUAACUCUGUCAGUGUGACCCUUGACCCCCAGGCCCAGCUUGAGUCUGACAAGAGGGCUGUUUACAGACAUCCUCUCUUCCCUCUGCUGGCACUGUUAUUUGAGAAAUGUGAGCAGGCCACGCAGGGAUCUGAGUGCAUCACAUCAGCCAGCUUCGAUGUGGACAUCGAAAACUUUGUGCACCAGCAGGAACGAGAACACAAACCCUUCUUCAGUGAGGACCCAGAGCUGGACAACUUGAUGGUAAAGGCCAUCCAGGUGUUGCGGAUCCACUUAUUGGAGUUGGAGAAGGUCAAUGAGCUCUGUAAAGAUUUCUGCAAUCGCUACAUCACCUGCCUCAAGACAAAGAUGCACAGCGACAACCUCCUCCGGAACGACCUGGGAGGACCUUAUUCUCCGACACACACCAGUCUCAACAUGCAGCAGGAACUAAUUCAGACCUCCUCUCCAUCCAUGACCUCUGUCUCCAGCUCUGUUAACGCUUCUGGGAUUGUGGUGCCUGCCGGGAGUCUGCAACAGGGCAGUGUCGCCAUGACUACCAUCAACUCUCAAGUGGUAUCAGGUGGGACCCUGUAUCAGCCGGUUGCCAUGGUGACAUCACAAGGGCAAGUGUUAACGCAGGCGCUGCCACCGGGAACCAUCCAGAUCCAGAACUCACAGGUCAAUGUGGACCUUUCGUCCCUGCUGGACAGCGAAGACAAGAAGUCCAAAAACAAGAGGGGGGUUCUCCCAAAACACGCCACCAACAUCAUGCGCUCCUGGCUCUUCCAGCAUCUCAUGGUGAGAAAACAAAGAAGAGGUGGAGUGUGUGAGGGGGACUUUUUAAAGGAGGUGGUAGCUAUGAAGCACCCGUACCCCACAGAAGACGAGAAACGACAGAUCGCAGCUCAGACUAAUCUUACCCUCCUGCAAGUGAACAACUGGUUCAUCAACGCUCGUCGGCGUAUCCUCCAGCCCAUGUUAGAUGCCAGUAAUCCAGACCCGGCUCCCAAAGCCAAGAAGAUGAAGUCCCAGCACCGUCCGACUCAGCGCUUCUGGCCUGACUCCAUCGUAGCCGGAGUCCUGCAGACACACAGAUCCCAAUCAGGAAACAACUCAGACAACCCUCUGAGUAUGGACUCCCUCCACUCGCUGUCAUCAGACUCAGCCACCCUGGCCAUGCAGCAAGCCAUGCUGGGAGCUGACGACUCCAUGGACGGCACUGAGGAGGAGGAGGAAGAGGAGGAGGAGGAAGAAGAAGAGGAAGGAAUGGAGGAUGAAGAAGAGGAGGAUGACGGGGAAGAGGACAACAGCAGGGAGAGACAAAUGUCCGGUGUGGGAGGAGGAGGAAGAAGAGAUCUGAGCAUGGAGCACAGAGAGGAGCUGGAGUAAAGACGAUGUGACCUCAGUCGUCCCCUCAGUGCAGCCUCGCUCUGACUCUGAUACUAAGUGACUCUUGAGAGUGUGAAGAGCAUCAAAGUCUUCUCCAUCAGAGACUCUUCUUUAGAGCCACCACGGAGACUAAUCAGACUCAACCACCACCAUGAUCAUGAUUAUUAAGGACAGUUAUUAGUUUAACGAUGAAUAUGUGUUGUUUCAUUCUAAUAUAGUACGUUUUCAUGCAGUGGGCUCUUGAAAUAAUUGGAUGGUAGCACAUUUUUUUACUCUUUGGCUCUGAACUGAAAGGUUAGAGAGAACACUGCCAGUUUGAUAUUGAGGAAGUUUUCACAGAUUUUAAAGGGAAGAAUAAAAAAGACGAUUGUGUUCAGAGAGCAGUGACAUUUUGUAGGGAAAAGAAAAUGCUGGGCAAGAGAAUGAAGAGUCUGUAGUGGUUUCAUAUAAAUUGAUGAUGUCUGCACAGUGAAAAGUUUUCACCAUGUAUGAAAGUCUGGUCUGUUCUCACUUCCAAUUACAGCAGCAUGGUCAGCGGCCCAAUGCUUCAAAUUUGGUGCUGUAGAUUCAUCUGUUAUUUCUUCAGUUUGACUUCUGAUUCAAAGCUUUGAUGAACAUUGAAAUUUAAAACAGAGCUUAAAGAGUGAAAAAAAUCAGACUGUGGAGACAGUUAGGGGCAGAGACACCAGCACACAUGUUGUCAUGAAGACUGUGGUUCAGUUCCCUUGUGAAGCCAAAGGGCGAUGCUGACUUACCUUCGUUACAGGAGUUAGAGUUAUGAUGUAUUAUGAUCGGGUGAUUUUGCAGAUUAAAAUCUCACCAGGGUUAGCAAAAUUGAAAAAUGAUUUAUCCAUACACCUAAAAGAAAUAGUCUGUUUGAUGCCACUGUUGGUGACACUUCCAUGGAAAAGGAUUUGUAUCCGACUGCAGAUAAAUUAUUAUUAAACUGUAAUUGAGGGUCCAGUUCAAACCUGAUACUGGUUAUUUCUCGUAAUUCACAUUGAAGUGAACAUUUCCAGUGAAGAUAACUUUAGACAAGGUGAAUGGGACAUCUGCAGGAAUAUUGAUGUUGACAGUUCUGUCCUCAUUCAGCUCUCCUUCUUCUCAAAGCUUUUAUGUUAACACACCUUUAAACAUAAAUUAGGUAAAUGUCUCAGCAGAGAUGCUUUCACCAGCUCUGCUGCUGUUGUCUGCACUGCAGGACAGGAUGUUGCUCCACUUUUCUAUAUCAGAGAUGGUUGGGGUCCAGUAGCUCCUCAGGCUGCUUUAACUUCUGUGCCCGCUAAAGGCUGAUUUAUACUUCUGCGUCGCCCCUACGCAGCUGGGGCUGACGCAGACAUGAGCACCACAUACUUCUGCGUCGAUGUGUCCAUGUCGCGCAGCAUUUCUCAGCCGAAACGCUUGAGGGCAGUGUGAUAGCCGGUCGCCUCCAUCCGGCCCCGCUACGAUCUCUGUUUACUUUUCCACAGCAAUUCAGAGCGGCUUAUGUUAAUCUACAGCUGAUACAUGUUGCUGUUAAUCAUACAGACAUGAUUACAUGAAGAAUAGAGAAGAGGAGAUGAAAUACACAGCUGAUGUGCGGCUGAUGCCCGGGAUCCCGGAAGUGAUGUAUAUACGGGAAACACAAUGUCGCCGAGUGGAUCAAUCACAGGGCUUGCGCCCAUCCGCGUCCAUUCUACGCGUAGUUACAUUUUGGAGGAGGUGCACGUCAGCUCCGUGCGUAAGCCUCUGCGUAGGCUAUGCCGUCGAUUCGAUGCAGAAGUAUAAAUCAGCCUUAACUGUCUUUAUUUCCCCACUCUCAAGACUAGCCUAAGACCACACCAAUGUUUUUACCACAGUGUCAACAGGCAGGGUGGGAAUGUGACAGACUACUUGAUUUGACUGAUGUGUAAUUAAGUUGUACCUGAUGUCACGUGAUUUAAUCACCAUUGUUGUGGUCUUUUGACCCAUCAGAAUCAAGAUUUAACACAGCAGGGUGAUAGAAUCAAGUAAAUGAAGGCCUCAGAUGCAGAACGCUUUGGCGGUAGUGCAGUCCCUGAACUCAUUGUCUACUGUCUGAUGUGGUUUAUCUUGUCAUAAAUCUAUAUAUUGAGAUGUCUGAAUGCAAGUUCAGCUAACAAACAGCUCUUAGACGUCAUCUCUCAUCCCCAACUCCAUCGCUCUCCUCAAGUUGGACCUUUGCAGGUAAAGGAAAGUCAUGGCUGAAGGUCCUUUAUCGCUAACCUCUAGCUUCCCUCAAAGCCCAGAAAAGUUGGCGUCUGCUUCCUAAAGAUAAAUAGUCAUUGACCGUAGUCCAUAGGUUCAGAGACAGAUGAGCUCUGGCUGAUCUUGGUAAUUAGAGGCUCAGAGCUGCUGACCUGGCUGCUGUUUUAGUCGGACUGAGGUGAAGAAUGUGUUGGAGAGGAAACUAAAUUGAAUGUAAUCAAUCUCUGCAUCCUGGCACAUUGAAAUGAGCUACAAAAAGGGCUGCAGGUUUCAAACUGUUACUUUGAAAUGUCUGAACAUACUUUGAACUUUUGAGUGACGGUCUUAACUUCACAGUUAAAGCGUUGUGUUGCUUCCUGAAGAAGGAGCAAGGAGCUCACAGAGAAAGGAAAAGACAGAGGUGUAAUACUGUUUCAGUGUCUGUCCAAAUAUCUGCAUAGAAGACUGUACACGUUGGCUUCCAGUGCUUGGACGUCAUCCUUGCCUUUUAAAUGACUCACGGGUUCUCAGGUUGAACAACACUUUCAUUCAGCAUGUCUCUUCAUCCAGAGAGAAUCGUCUGACUGACAGCUCCGGUGAACCUUUUAGAGCAUGACCUUUAAAACAAUCUUUUUCACUUAUCCCACGAGCAAAAAAAAAAAAAAAAAAAAAACCUGUAGUAAACCA